UCCGCAGCGGCGAAAACGGAGCAACCUCUAUAGCUAGAAAGUGUCUGGAGUCUGGACUCUGGGACCGACACGUGGAUAAUCCAACAAUUCAGAAGGAAAUACACAGUCCAUCGUCUACACUCCGUACUCGAAGAAGACUUCGUAACUAUGACUAUUUUAAAGGCGCUGAUCGCUGGAGGGCAAGCGUGUCUCAGAAGAUCUUACGCUACAGGUUCGAAGUACAUUGAAACGACACGGGACAAUGAUACAGGGAUCGAGAUUAUAUCUAUGGCAAGAAAACCUGUCAACAGUUUGAACACAGAGCUGUUAAGUGAAUUGAACGCAGCUUUAGUAGAGGCUCAAAACAGCCGCAGUAAAGGUGUCAUAUUGACGUCGUCCUUGCCAACCGUAUUCUCGGCGGGACUGGACAUCAUGGAGAUGUGUACGACUGAUAAACAGAAACUCACUGAUUUCUGGCAAAUGUUACAAGACACUUGGUUGACUAUUUACGGCCUGACUAUACCGAUCGCUACUGCUAUCAAUGGCGCCAGUCCUGCCGGAGGUUGUCUGUUAGCAAUCUCUUCGGAAUACAGAGUUAUGGUUGAAGGUAAACAUACCAUAGGAUUGAACGAAACGCAAUUGGGUAUUGUCGCUCCAAAAUGGUUCAGAGAUUCGUAUAUCUCGGUGAUAGGCUAUCGACAAGCCGAGAUAGCACUUUUAAGAGGAUCUCUAUUUAAACCUGAGAAAGCGUUGGAGCUCGGACUCGUGGAUGAGCUGGCUAAAGAUAAAACGGAAGCGAUUGAAAAGUGCAAAAAUUAUAUAUUAUUUUACAAUAAUAUACCAGGUUUGGGCAGGGCUGUAACCAAGUUGGAGUUACGAAACGACGUGAUUCAGUGGCUGAAAAACAAUAAGGACGCUGACACCAACCAAUUCGUGAGCUAUACACAAUCACCGAAAGUACAAGCUGGUCUCAAACUUUAUGUUGAACAUUUGAAGCAGAAGCAGAAGCAAUAGAUAUCUCGAUAAGAGACUAUAUUCCGUUUUAUACUUAUACAUCAAAAGUUUGUAUAUUUUAUAUAUAUAUAUAUAUUAUCUUUUAUAUCACAAUAUAUAUUUUCAUACUA